AUGCAGGGCUUUAAUAUGGGUCGUUAUGUUCCCCCUGAUCAGGAAGGAUUGAUCAGUGGGAACAAACUCCAUGGGAAGCAUGCCCUGGGCGCCCGCGCAAAUAAGAUCUCCCAAGGCAUCCUCACCGUACGAUUCGAAAUGCCCUACCCAAUAUGGUGUAUACACUGUCCAAAGCCUACCAUCAUAGGGCAAGGUGUACGAUUCAAUGCCGAGAAGAAAAAAGUUGGGAAUUACUUUUCAUCUCCCAUCUACAGCUUCCGGAUGAAACAUAUUGCCUGCGGCGGGGUGAUUGAGAUUCGAACGGAUCCUAAAAAUACGGCAUAUGUGGUUACAGAGGGUGCGAGGAAGCGAGAUCUGGGGGAUGACAAGGUGGAGGAAGGUGAUAUCAAGAUCAUGACGCAGGAAGAGAGGGAAACAAUAAGGGACAAUGCGUUCGCUUCUCUGGAAGGCAAAGUAGAGGACAAAAAGCGGUUGCAACACAGCAAGAGACGACUGGAAGAAUUAGAAGAGCUCUCCGAGAAGCAAUGGGACGAUCCGUACGAAAGGAACAAGAAAUUGAGAAAGGCUUUCCGGGAAGGAAGACACUUGAGGGAAAAGGAAGCUGGUGUUACGGCAGCGUUGCAAGAUAAGAUGAGUCUUGGUCUUGAUCUGCUUCCCGAACAUGCAGAUGAUACAAACCGGGCCAGGUUCAUCGAGUACGGUGAGUCGAAUGCAGAGAAAGCAAUGACCAAAGCGAUAUCUAAGCCUCUGUUUGGGAAAGAGGAAAGUCCCCCAAAGAAGUCCAAAGGCUCGAAGCUCAGAGGGAAACUAAAGGCCGAGCACGUUGCGAAGCAGAGAAAAGCUGAUAUUGUGGCUGAGAUAAGAGGAAACACCAGAGCAGUGAUGGAUCCGUUCCUCACUGGCACGAAAGCAUCAGAGAAGUCGACCGGAAAGUUCGUGUUGGCUGGUGUGAAGAGGAAGCAACCUAAAAUUGAAGGCACUCCAGAACAGACUACUGGAGCUGGUUUGGUGGACUAUGAUUCUGAUUAG